AUUUUCGUUCAUGUUUUGCAGAUUUUUCUCCCUCAGUGAUGUCGCUGUUUCCGGCGUAUGGUGAUAACAGUUCAUUUAAUCCUUACGAGGAGUUGGAACCCGUGACGAAAAGGACCGUAACCGAAGACGAAAAGGUUUCGAGGCCGGUAUUCUCCGACAGUGAUGUUGAAGUUUUGAGUGAUCGUGAGUCGAAUAGAAGCCGAAGUCGGUCAAGGCAGCGUAGAAGGAGGUCGACUUCAUCCGCGUCAACUGGGUCAAGACGAAGAGCGAAACGAAAGAAAGAAAAGAAAAAGAAGAAAUUGAAGAAAGAGAGAAGGCGAGAAAGAAAUGCCUCCCCUGAACCAACUGUUCCUGCGGACUUCACAAUCGAUGCACGACCUGAUUCAACACUCCUCAGCCGAGGUGUGCCUUAUCCGCACCAGGUCCCGAAGUAUAAUAAGAAGUUGUGUCGAAGGUUGGCCUUCCCGGAUGUUCGAAGAUUUUUUCACCUUCGUCGCUUGAAAGCGGCUGGUUCAAGUCGAUUCUUCGACGUCAAGGUCCCAAAGAGAAGUGUUCGCUUCUUGACUGUCAGGUUUCGUCCAAUAGCGAGUUUCAUUCCGCUACCGACAGAGCAGAACGAAACCCCAAAAGUGGCCUACACGAUCGUGUCUAGCACGGAUCCCUUGGGCAUCUAUGACAAGGGAACAGCUGCUUAUGCCAAAGGGGUCGCAAAAGAGCAUGAAGAAGACGUUCGUGUUAUCGAGCGUUCAGAAGUGAGAGAACGAGUCAAAGAGCUCAACAAACUCGUCAAUGAUAAUCCGAAAGACGUCCAAUCAUGGCUCCGACUCGUCGACUUGCAAGACUCCGUUGUGCGAGAAGAGUUCAAUGUGAACAACAUUAAGGCCAACGAGAGAACUGUGGCAGAGAAAAAGGCGGCCGUUCUCGACAAGGCUUUGACGAAACUGCCGACAAACAUGGACCUUGUCUUGGCCCGGCUGGAAGUUGCUAAAACCGUUUCAAACUCUGUGGAAUUGCGCAAAGAGUGGGGCUACGUGAAUUUCCGUCACCCGGCGGAUUGCUGCUUGUGGCGAGAAACGCUCGUGUUCUCUCAAACUCAUUUGGGUUAUUUCAACGUGCUCAACACUGCGAGGGACUAUAAGGAAUCCUUGGGUAAACUGCGGCUCAUCCUCGACGGAGUCAUGUUGUCGCACAAAUCAGGAGAAGGCUUUGACGUUGAUGUUGUGGACAUCGUGUCGUGGUUUGCCCACUUUUGGGCAUCAACGGGAUUCUACGAACGUGGGAUUGCAGUGUUUCAAGCUGCGUGUGAAUUCAACUUAUUCUGCCCCGAAGAACUCACUAAGCACGAAGACAAAGUGAAUGUUUUUGAAGUGUUUUGGGACUCGAGAGCCCCGCGGAUUGGAGAAAGGGACGCCCGUGGUUGGAGCACUUCAUUGGCGGACAAACGCGUGUUUUUGCUGGAAACUGGUCGGGAUCGAGAUUUUGAAGACCUCGAAGACAAGCUGGCGAGUAAAGAAGGCGCCACAAAGGCGGAACGAUGGCUUAGCAUUGAGAAUGCGAGGUGCGAGUGGCAGUUCUUACCAUGGGCGCCGUCCGAAGACAACGAAGACGUGGAAGACAGAGAUCGCGUUGUUUUGUUUGAGCACAUUUCACCCUCUCUUCUGACAUUCUCGUCCAUCUCUGCUAAAUUCCACCUCUUUGCGACAUUUUUGACGUUUCUAGGAUCUCGUAUCCCGGGAAUUACUUACGGGGCAAGGUUGAUGCUUGGCAUUAGCGACCCUUGUGUCGAAACAUUUGUCGACGCGCGGACUGACGAUUUGUUUGAAACUUUUCUUCCCUACCGGCCGUCGUCAGACCUUUCCACAUUCCGAGACUUCGCGUCAAGAGUCAUGGAAACUGGCUUGAAGGUCUUCGAUGGUUUUGAGCGCAGAAUGUUGGUGCAUUGGAACCUACUGGCAAAUAUCGAUCGCUUGACUGAUGAAACUGCGAUUGCAAAACGCAUCAAGUCUGCCAUGAAGGAGAACAGAACUGACAUGGACUUGUUUCGGUUAUACGGAGAAAAAUUGUGGGACGCCGGGAAGAAGAAAGAUGCGGAAAACGUGUUUCAAACAGCGCUCGAGGUUUCGCCGCGGGAAGGUGAACGAGGCAGUGAUGCGUCAAAGUUUCUCGAACAAAACGUCGCCUUGCUAAACUUGGGUUUUGCGUACGUAAAGAAACUCGCGGGUCUUGGGUCUCAUUUGACUGAAUCCGAGAAACAGACGGCCUUGUGGGUUCUGUUUCAAGUCUCCGAUGGGUGCAGGACAUUUUCUGGGCGGAAACAAGGAAGUGAAGUUACUGACGCCAUGUUGCUUCGUGCGCGCGCAAAUUUUUCCGAGACGCAAGCGGCCUUGCUGAAACCCCCAUUUGGAAUAUCGCGAGUGACUGUCGUGCCAACGGUAUCGUCAACAGUCGACCUUCUCGCAGCAUGGACAUCCAGCAAUGCGUGGAUGGAGUAUCUCAGUUCAGGAAACGUGUCCCACGCGAGGAUCAUUUUGCAAAAUGCGAUUCGUGCCGUGAAGAUGUUCGUGGGUGAUUCCCUUGAGUCUCAGGGGAAGCAACGGCAGAGUAAACGCCCAAGUGUGGUCAUGUGUGGUUCCAUCGUGACUUUGGAACGAUUGCAUGCUGAAUUGGUUGAGUUGAUGUUCGUCGACAUGCGGAGUGGUGGAACAGUGCCGAGGACUGUUGUGAAAGUCUUGAGGUGUGCAUUGGAGGAUGUGCCUGCGUCUUCGUUGAUUCUGUCUAACUUCUGGGCGAAGCAGUUGAACCCGGUGCUGAGGAAGGAGCUGACAUCACACGUGAUGAGAACCUUACCUGAUGCCGGAAACGAUCUGUUGCUGAUUCUAGCCUCGGUAAAAUCCGAGCUGGAACGAUACAGGGGCUUCAACGAGGACGACGAAGUUUACGUUUCGCCGAUUGUUGGUACUGGAAACCGCAUAUUGUCGUUGCUCGAGAAGGCUUUGAGUGGGCGAAGGUUGCAGCACUGCGCCUUGCUUUGGAGGCUACGGAUGAGGAUUUUGCACAUGCUGGGCAAGUCGGCGGAAGUCAAGGCUGUUUUUUAUUUGGCAGUCGAACAAGUUCCGUAUUGCAAGAGCGUUUACUUGGAUGUGGUGCAAUAUUGUCAAGAAAUGCUGAAAGAAGUCGUGGACCUGAUGCAAGAGAAAUUAAUGCGUGUUCGACUUCCGCUGGAGGAACUUGACGUUCUGUGUGAAGAUCUAGAGGAAGAACUUGAUGCCAAGAAUGAUGAAGAAUCCGACUCCAAGCAAGAAAAUGAUGAAGCGCCUUUAGAACCGAAAGCUGAGCCGGCGGCAUUUGAUUGAAAGAAAGAACUGUGAUUUUCUAUUUGAAAAAUGUUUUUGACCCUUGUUGAAAAAAAUAAUCGAAGAAAAACUUUUCGGUUGCGUAAAAAAGACA